CGGACAGCUCCAUGGCAGGCCAUUUCAAGGAAGCUUUAAAGCCCAAGGGACUCAAUGGUUCAACUGGAGGUUCAACUGGAUGUUCGAAUCACCAAGACGAAUGGCCACCGGCACCCGCACACUUCUCACUGGAGGAUCCCCAAGUAGCAGGCUUUCAUAGGCCAACGAGAUUCGAGGGUGAUAUAGGCAAUCUCGAAGUUUUUGGGGAAAUCCCAAAGGGAAUCAAUGGCACAUUCUACCGGGUGAUGCCUGAGCCUCAAUUUCCCUCCUUCACUGGAAAUGAUGUGUGGUUUAACGGCGACGGUAACAUCAGCGCAUUUCGCAUCUCUAACGGCCACGUUGAUUUUAAGCAACGCUAUGUUCGGACCGAGAAGUUUGUACGAGAAGCAAAGGCAAGGAGAGCUCUUCUAGGAAAGUAUAGAAACAGAUAUACAGAUUUGGUCGACUUCAAAGUCCGGUCGACGGCUAAUACCAACAUUGUAUUUUGGAACGGUAAACUCCUAGCGCUCAAGGAAGACUCACCUCCCUAUGCAAUGGAUCCCGAUACCCUCGAGACCCUCGGUCUGUAUGACUUUGACGGGCAAUUGCCUUGUCUAACUUUCACGGCCCAUCCGAAGUUUGACCCAGUCAGUCGUGAGAUGGUGUGCUUUGGCUAUGAGGCUCAGGGGGACGCAACGAACGACAUCUGUUACUAUACCUUCGACAAGGAUGGGAAAUUGGGAGAGCUAGUGUGGCUCGUCUCUCCCAUUUGUGGCAUGAUCCAUGACUUCGCCGUCACGGAAAACUACGUCCUCUUUCCCAUUAUUUCCCUCACAUGCGACCUGGAACGCCUCAAGAAUGGUGGAGAGCACUGGCAAUGGGACUACAGUAUCCCCAUGUACAUUGGAGUCCUGCCUCGGAGACAAGCCAAGGGAAGUGAUGUCAAGUGGUUUCGUGCACCUCCUGGUUUCGCCGGACACACAGCCAACGCGUUCGAAGAGCACGGUAAGAUUCACCUUCACAUGACAUAUGCACCCGACAAUGUCUUCUUCUGGUGGCCAGACAAGAACGGGAAGGGCCCGAGGCCUGGGGAGACCGAAUCGCUCCUAUGCAAGUUUGAGAUUGACUACAGGAGCGACAACCUGGAGCUCGGCAUGCCCGAGUAUUUCAUCAAGGAGGAAGAAACCGAAUUCCCCAGAAUCGACGAUCGCUUAGCCAUGGCUCGCCAUUCGCGAAUCUUUGUUUGCGUCAUGGAUAAGACGGCCGGCACGGAUUUUCCGUUUAUCCUUCCUCGUAUGGGAGCUGGGUAUCCGUUGUUCAACGGCCUUGCUUCCUUCGAUGUCGAUACUAAAGAGUACAAAAAGUAUUUCGCGGGUCCUCGGAAGUUCUGUCAAGAAUGCGUCUUCGUGCCGCGUAGUCCCAACGCUCUCGAGGGAGACGGCUACCUGAUUGCACUGCUGAACAACUAUGACGAAAUGUGCAGUGAAAUGGUAAUUAUGGAUACAAGAACAAUGGCCCAGAUUGCUCUGAUAAAGUUGCCUGUUCGUCUCCGGGCGGGACUCCAUGGAAACUGGGUGGAUAGCAGCGAUAUUGAUGGCCAUCCACAGGCAAUUCCAGUAGCAGAAUGAAGGAUGUGUAAACGAAACGAUGUGGACUGAUGCUGGCAGACGGGCAAUUUUUCGUCGCGGCGUCGAGAAAAAGCCCAACUAGCCUUAUCCGUACAGGAACUCAAAGUUGGAGCUGAAGAGGCCUUCAAACAGAUUGAGGUCUGUGUCUGUAACACCCGGCCCAUGGCCUAGAGUGAAAGAGCCGGAAUCCUUCGGAGGUAG